CCAAGAUCUCACUUUCGUCGCUUUGAAUAAGCCUGUUAUAAGACGAGGCUCCUAUGUUUCAUCAAGGAGUAUCAGAUGUGAAACAGCAUAAAGGUAUUUAAGAAGCCAACUCAAAGAGUUCCUCCUUCCACAAGCAUUCAGGUCUUGAGCAGUCCCGGCAAACAACGCACAAUACAGCAAAGCUAAAACUUGUUCUUCAUAAUAAUUUUAAAAACAAUACUAUCUGUCUAUUUAAUUUUAAAAUCAGCAAAAAAUAUCCACCUCCCUUUCCAUUUCUUAUAAGGAGUCUUGAAGUUUAAAUCUCCUCAGUGUGAUAGAUAUGUUUGCUUUGAUCUGCUUAGCUCUUGGAAGUCCAAGGACUCCAGGCUGUUGGCCCCCUGCUGCCCAGGGUCCCUAAGGACAGCUCUGUCCGCCAUUAGGGAAUUUUUUCCCAAGAACCCCCUGUAACAUUUCGUGAACCCCCAGGGCUUCACGAACCCCAGUUUGGGAACCACUGGCCUAAGGGAAACCCGCUGCUACCGGACCCUCAUUAGGGGUGUGUCGGGCUCUUCAAUGGCUGGCCUCAGCCCUGCCGGAGGAGAGCCGGGGGCGGAGGCAGGGGAAUGAAAUGAGUCCCACAGUCCCGCCCUCUCGAGCUUUGAGCUGGUCUGUGUGGCUGAAACACACAAGUGUGAGCCGGGGCCCUGGCACGUGUGUCCAAGGGCGCCAGCGCCGAGCACCGGAGUGGGGAGGGGGAGUAGGAGGGUCCUGGGCGGUGUGUCAGAGCUGGCUGGGGGGAGGCCGGCUGGGGGGAGGCGCCUUGUUCCUUUAAAUCGCGGGAGCUGAGCGCAAUCGCCGCAGGGAGCGGACCUGGGCUCAGUUAAGGGAGUCCCGGCGGCGGUGGGAUUCGCUCCUUCCCCAAAGCGCAGCACGUGGUGGGACGAUGAGUUGAGCAGCCGCUGGCACCGCCUCCCCCGGGCGCCCGGCUCAGCAGCACCUGGGCACCGCACCCCUGCGGCGGCAGCGGCCGGGCUCCCCACGCGGUGCCUGCCCUGCCCUGGCCGGCCCGCUCCGGGGCUGGGCGCGGCUCCGGCUGGGUUUGCAUGUGCUGCCCUCGCCCCAAGCCGGGCGCGGCGAUGGCUCGGGGCCCCGGCUGGCUGGCGGCGGUGGCGGCUGCGCUGCUGCUCCUGGCGCCCGGCUCGGAGGCCGGCUGCGCCGAGCUGGGGCGCUGCUGCCGGGGCAGAGACCUGGCUUGUGUCAGCAGCGGCUGGAGACCGGACCGAUCCCACGGCGUCUGCUACUGCGACCAGGCGUGUCCCCGCACCAUGGACUGCUGCCACGACUACCCGCAGGCCUGCCCAGAGGUCUCCUGUGCUGUAUCCGAGUGGAGUGACUGGAGUGGCUGUGCGGAGCCUUGCCGGGCAACAUAUCGAGUUCGGAGGAGACACGUCGUGCAGGAGCCUAGAAAUGGAGGCGAGGCGUGUCCUCCUCUGGAGGAGAAGGCUGGCUGUGUGGAGUAUUGGAACCAGGAAGGAGCUGAGUGCAAACAGUCCCUUAUUCCAGCAUUAAUAACCACGGGAGGUUAUGGGAAAGCAAGGAAAAAGAGAGCUGCGUCCAGUGAAAAUGAAAGAUCAGGGUAUUGUGUCGAAUUCCAGAUCACAGCCAUCACGGAAGGCUGUUUGCAGGGGAGCAGUUCCUAUACUCAGUGGAUGCGCUAUCUCAGCGAGGGGCACACGGUCUGCGUGGAGUGCCAGCACCCGGCCCUGGAUUCCAGGAGUCUGCAUUGCUAUGGGGAUGGCAGUGGAAGCAAAAAGAAUCAGCUGCUGCACUGGCAGGCCAUGGGGAAUCCCCGGUGCAGAGGAACCUGGAGGAGAGUUCGCCAGCUGGACACUUGCUCCUGUCCUUCUGUUCACAGUUUCUUGUUCAUCUAACUCUUCUGAAUUGGCCCAGCGCCUCCAAGCCUGAGUCACGGGAUCGUGGCUUUGGCACAAAGUUUGAAGUAACAACCCCACCCCACCUGCUGAUCAGUCAGUAAAACCCCUCUUGGACUGUUUCAAGGAGGUUGCCACCUGCCAACGCUGAGGCUGAAAACCCCUUCAUAUCCACCCACGCUCUUGGCUCGCUGAAGAAGACAGGCUGACAAAAAUCUUCAGGCUCUUUGUCCCCACACUUCCUUCCAUGAAUGUCCCCUGUGCUUGAGAGCAGCCAGCCUGACUUGGGCAGUCAGUCGCCUACUCUACUUCCAAGUCCCUCCUUCCCUGAGAUUUGCCAGCGAGAAGCCACCAAAUAAAAGAAUUCAAAAAAGAAUUUAUACAUGCAUUGUUUUAAAACCUAGCUAAGCAGCCAACAAAAGAUAUGUAAAAUGAGUCCACUCAAAUUGCCUCCUCUCCAUACAGAUAACCCUGCUGCCUGGAGGGCAUUCCUCCCUUCCCCCAAUGCUUUUGUUAUUUUAUGUUGGGUUCCUGGUCUAAUGUAGAGGCCAGUGUUGUACCUAUUGAAAUUUGGGGAAAAGCUCUCAUUUACUUCAUGAGAGGAGGUUUGAGUCCUUGGGGACUGAUCCUGAAGGGUGCUGAGUGCCUCCGCUCCCAUUGGGCUGGAUUCUGCUUCCAUUGAGGUAUACAGUAACUCCUCCCUUAACGUUGUAGUUCUGUUCCUGAAAAAUGCUACUUUAAGCAAAACUAUGUUAAGCGAAUCCAAUUUCCCCAUAAGAAUGGGGGGGGGGUUAGGUCCCAGGGAAAUCUUUUUCGCCAGACAAAAGACUGUAUUUUAUACGUAUACACACACAUACACAACAUACGUUUUAAACAAUGUAAUACUGUACACAGCAAUGAUGAUUGUGAAGCUUGGUUGAGGUGGAGGAGUCAGAGGGUGGGAUAUUUCCCAGGGAAUGCCUUACUGCUAAAUGAUGAACUAGCACUCAGCUGAGCCCUCAAGGGUUAACCUAUUGUUGUUAAUGUAGCCUCACACUGUACAAGGCAGCAGGAAUGGGAGGGGAGACAGCAUGGUAGAGAGAAACAGACACACUGUGUGUGUGUGUGUGUGUGUGUGUGUGUGUGUGACAAACACGCAUUGCCCCUUUAAGUAUGCUGACCCCACUCUAAGUACAUUGCCUUUUUAAGUAGAUAAGCAAGUUGAGACUGCAGCUGCUGCCAGCAAGCUUCCUGAGUCCUGUCGUAUCCCGUCCACCCCUGCUCUGUGAAUGGGGUAAAGGAGUGGGGGGGGAGGGUGACACCCUGAGAUUAGCACCCCUUCUCCCCCACCCCCCAGCAAGCAGGAGGCUCCUGGGAGCAGCUCCCAGGCAGAGGGCAGAAGCAGCAUGUGGGGGGAGGGACAGCUGAACUGCCCAGCAAUUGAUAGCCAGCUGGGCAGCUGCCACACAGGGAGUUUAGGGGAGUGGGGAGCUGAUGGGGGGUGGGGGGAGGUUCCAAGCCCCCACCAGCUAGCUCCAAUGGGCUGCUCUUUCUGCAAGGAGUAGACAAAGCAGGCGGCUGCUAAACAGCGUUAUAAAGGAGCAUUGCACAACUUUAAACAAGCAUGUUCCCUAAUUGAUCAGCAACAUAACAACAAAACAACUUUCAGAGUAACAGCCGUGUUAGUCUGUAUCCGCAAAAAGAAGAACAGGAGUACUUGUGGCACCUUAGACUAACAAAUUUAUUAGAGCAUAAGCUUUCGUGGACUACAGCCCACUUCUUCGGAUGCAUAUAGAAUGGAACAUAUAAUGAGGAGAUAUAUAUACACACAUACAGAGAGCAUAAACAGGUGGGAGUUGUCUUACCAACUCUGAGAGGCCAAUUAGUCCACGAAAGCUUAUGCUCUAAUAAAUUUGUUAGUCUCUAAGGUGCCACAAGUACUCCUGUUCUUCUUUUAACAAAACAACGUUAAGCGGGAUGACUUUAAGUGAGGAGUUACUGUAUAUUUAUAUGAGUUGUUUGCAAUAGCAGGGGACUGGACUCGAUGACUCAGGCAGUCCCUUCCAGUCCUAUGUUCCUUUGUGCAAAGUUUACAUUUCACGAUUGGGCCUGUUGAACCCGAUGGGAGUUGAGGGUGCCGUGGAGAAUGGAGUCCUUUGAUUUCAGGCUUCAAGGAGCAUGGACCAUAUUAUCUCAACUAUCUGUGAAGUGCCUAGAACACCUUUAGGUGUAUAGAAAAAGUAGCCAUUUAAUGCCCAGCUGGGAGAUAACUGUUCCUUUUUGUUUGCACAUGGAACUGUUUGAAGUAUUUUCUUUAUAAUUGGUUGAGGUUUUGUUGUAACACUUUUCUGUAGUGAAUAAAGAGAUGCUGGAGAUAUUCUAA